CUAAAGAUUUUCGAGAAAAACGUGAUGUAAAAGCUCAAACCUGGCAUAGUUUCUUCAGAUGGAAUAGAGUGGAAGAGUGGACACCUAAACGCAUAGGAGAGAAAAAAUUUUCACGAGUAAUUUGUUGCGGUGACGAUGCACAACCUCCGCUAUUCUUCGGAGAAAUGCCACAUAAUUGGCUAAAAGAGCAUGCUGAUUAUUACAAAGAAGUUUUAACUGAUUAUCGUACAAAAUGUUCUAAGUUACGUGAACUUAAAAAAGCUAUGCAUCGAAAAAAUAAUCAAAUACAAUCAAAAUUAUUUCGAGGAAUUCUCUUAACUAUAGAAAAAUGGGAAUGUCUCGAAAAGGAAUGGACUCCCUCAGAUCGUAUAUUAUUAGCACAUCACCUAUCUCGAAGAAUUGCAUCACAAAAAUGUCUUGAACUCCAUCAUAUUAAAUAUCCAGAUCUACCGGUUCUACUAAUAUAUAGGCCAAGAGAUGGACGUAAACAAAACUGCUUCGUUUCAAUUCCUGGAUCAUCUGAGAAACAAGAACUAGAAUCUAAUUUAUUUAGCAGUUGGUCACGUAGAAUAUUUGAGCCAGCUAAUUUGGAUAGAAG